CGUGGUGGUAUUGCGUGCAUACCGACCGGCUGCUCGGGCUGACCUAUGGCCGGCCCCCGAUGGUGGUAUGGUCAUCGGGCGUGCCGUUCCCGGACAUUGUAGACGACUCGGCAUUGUCCAUGGCGCCUUACUCGGCCGGAGAUCAGCCGCUCCCGGUUGUUCACACCUCGGAGCAGGUGUAUUUUAACGAGUCACUCAAGUUAUCGGAGAUCUUGAUGGACGUUCUCAAGCUGCUCCAUGAAAGACCGCGAUGCCCACAGCCAGGCACGCUCAGCAACCUCGAUGCACAGAUGUACAACAACUUGCUCGAAAUCGACGCUUCGUUAAACAUCUGGAAAUCGCAACUGCCGCAAAUAUUGCGCUACGACAUUGACGCCGACCUUUCCGGCAUGGGCAUCGACCAUCGAGCACCAUCCUAUUUACAUGCAAGAUAUCUACAGCUCCGCAUCCUCCUCUUCCGCCCAAUAAUGGUGGACCUUACGAAGGACGCACGGGUUUCGCGCACCCAGCACUCGGCCACAGGUGAUCAGCAACAGCAAGAGCAACAGCAGAUCACCAUGACCAAUUUCCAGCGCGCGGUGGCUAUUGAAUGUGCACGCACAUGUUCCUCGGCUGCCCAAGAGCUUGUGGUCCUGCUGCACAAGCGGUGCAUGGCUACAAGCGGUCGUUCACUUCACUGGUGGUAUUUCUUGUUACAUCUCUUCACCGCGAGCACAGUCAUCCUGGCCGUCCUAUGCUCGAGCUAUCUGCGUUCCAUCCAGCGCGAUAUGAUGGACGCGAUCCGCCGCUGCUGGAGCAUGGCGCUCGAAUGCAUGGUGCUUUGCGAGCAACGUGGCAAUUCGUUUGCCGGAAAAUGUCUGCGGAUCUUGCGGGCCGCAUACGACCAGAGCACGCGCGAGUCGUCGGAUGAUGAGAAUCCGGAUGCUGGCAGCGCGAUGAACGCCCACGGGAACACCGGGACCCCACGCGGAGGAGAGCCAGCAGCAUCAUUUCAACGCUUGAUGAUGAUGUCGCCUAGGCUACAGGCAAUGCAACAGGACCAUCAGCAUGAGAGUGAUUUGGCGGACGACUUGUUGGUAGAGGCGUGGUGGCCGGCAAAUGGUGACUGGCUCAGUAGUAUCUGGCAACCAGAAAACACAUAGUGAAGUGUACUCCGUUACCACUGAAACCCCUUUUGAUCUUGUUGGGCAGCAUGUCGAAGUAUUCAAGCAUCCGUGACAUGACUUUUGAGACAGGAUUC